CCGGACGCUCCGGAGCAACUUGGCGCAUCAGCAGCAGCAUCAUCUCUGCGAGAAAACAUUUGAACUGAACUGAGACAAAUAUACUCUGAGUUAUAUUUUUACGCGUAACUCUGUUGAUGAGACUGUAUUUUUUUUCCAGAAGCAGUGGAGAAGUAAAGACAUUUUUUUCAUUUAUGGACUUUGAGCUCUUCUUCAUUCAUCAGAACGGAUUUAGCACCUCAAAUUAUUGUUAUUUAGGGGAAUGGUUUAAUAAACUUUCCUUUUAAGCGUAAAUUCCUUUCAAAUUGGAUCACUCUGAGAGACAGAUCCGCUCUUGUGGUUCUGUCUUCUGUCUUUUGCAAGUUUAACGGGUUGGAUGGAAACAUGACCAAAGCUGUAACCAGACCGGUUCUCCUGAACAUCCUCCACCUGCUCCCGCUGCUGCUGCUUCAUGUCUCACCGGUGUGUCUGUCCGCGCAGCCGGGGCAUCCUGCGCGUUACUUCGGCAAAAUAGCCGAGAACUCUCCGGUCGGGACGCCAGUGGAUGGGGUGGUGAUUUCGGUCGGAGCUGCAGGUUGUCACGGUGCGGACUUCAGAGCCAGCCUAAAGGGGGACUACGCGUCGGAUUUUAGACUUGUUCACUAUCGCGGACAUCGGGACACCAGGGGUCAUCUGGGUUUGGUCUCCGCCAAAGCGCUGGACCGGGAAUUUAUAGCGAUGUAUGAGUUGGCCGUGGAGCUGUCGCCAAGGUGUCUGAGGAGACCAGCCGCCAUCCAAGUCGAAGUAUCGGACAGGAACGACAACGUCCCCCGGUUCACCAGCGGGAACAAGACAAUUGAGGUAGAUGAGCUGACUCCUCUCGGAACCGAGCUGGCCCGCUUUGACGCAAAGGACGGUGACGCGGAGAGGAACGGACGUGUCACUUUUUACGCGUCGCCGGAGUCUUACCUGCUCCACGUGGUUCCACAAACUGGGCAGGUGAGGCUAGUCGGGUCCCUGAUUGGGGUCAACCAGGUGACUCUGCGCCUUUACGUGAAGGAUGGCGGGGAUGUAGCGCUGAUAGGUGACCCGGUGUUCCUGCGCGUCGACGUCCGCCGGUCCAACAGAGCGCGGCGGAGGCCGAGAGCUCUGUCCGAGGAGCUGACCUACACGGUGACCGUCCCGGACCACGUCAGAGUCGGGGACCUGGUGUUCACGGUGCCCGACCAGAGGUUCAAUCAGAGGUGGUUCGAGGUGGUAUCUGAGGCGGACUCUCCGGUCCAGAUCGAACGGGACUCCGGACGGUUGUACCUGGCGCGCAGUCUGCGGGAGCCGGCCGAGGUGGUGGUGAAGAUUCAAAACCUACGAGGUGAUGAGUGGUACCUGUGCAGGUUGACUCUGAGCAUGCCCAGUCAGGCUGACCUGCAGUGGGCCAUGUUUCCUUCACCUUACCUGGGAGCCAUCGGUCCUGAUGCUACACCUGGCUCCGUCGUGUACCGGCUGUUGGCACGGCAACGAGACGGGUCGCUGGGUCAAGCCCACUUUGUCCUACUAGAUGGUGGUGAGGACUGUUUUGAGGUGGACCGUCGUUCUGGGGACAUCAGAACCACCGGGCGACCUCUGACCCCCAGUAAGGAGUACCGGCUGCGGGUGCAGGCGGUGGAUGGACUCGGUCGUAAAGGUCCACCAGGCUCUGUGUCAAUCCUCGCCGGCUUCCGACCACCACAGUUCACCAAUUCCACCUACAGCCUGAGCGUACCGGAGAACACACCUGUUGGCCAACCUGUUGCAGUGGUUCAAGCCAUCUCCUUCCAGAAGAAGAGUCUGUCCUACAUGCUGUUGGUGAAUCCUGGAAAUCUGUUCAGCAUCAACCAAGAGAGCGGCGCGCUCAGCCUCACCAGGACUGUCGACUAUGAGAGCGGUCACAACCUGCACACCCUGCAAGUCCGAUCCUCCGAACCCGACACCGGCCUGGCAGGCGUGGCAGAGGUGGUUGUCCAUAUAACAGAUGAGAAUGACUGCACGCCAGAGUUCCUCCACUCCAUCUACACCAGAGACAACAUACCUGAGAGCAUUGCACCUGGAACCUCACUGCUGCAAGUUCUGGCCCGAGACUGUGACUCCGGCGUGAACUCAGAGCUCUCUUACUUCGUACCAAGCGGUGACUUUGACAUCACAUCGGGAGGCGUGGUCAGCCCCGCCCGUCGCCUUGACUACGAGCGUCCCAAUCACAUCUAUGAGUUUGUGGUGGUUGCCGUGGACGCGGGGACACCGCCUCGCACCGGGACUGCAUCCAUCCGCAUCCGGGUCGCCAAUAGCAACGACGAGGCACCCGUCUUCUCCCAGAGCGUUUAUAAGACCUUCCUCAGUGAGGAUGCUGGUCCUGACACGCUGGUUGCCAUCGUCCAUGCCAAUGACCCAGACGGAGAUGCUGUCUCCUACGCCAUCACCGGCGGCAACGAGGACAGCAACUUCCUGUUGGACAACCAGAAAGGCAUCAUUAAGCUGCGGCGGAGUCCACCUCCCCGGCUAAGGGGGCCUCAGUACAUCCUUAACAUCACCGCCACAGACGAUAACGCAUCAGGUGGGCCGUACCCUCUCAGCAGCUCUGCUCAGGUCAUCGUGGGAAUCAACGACAUCAACAACAACAAGCCAGUGUUCCAGGAGUGUCAAAACUACAGUUUGAAUGCGGCGGUCUUGGAGAACCAGCCACCAGGGACGUUUGUCCUGCGCGUCCAGGCCCACGAUGCCGACAUGGGUGUCAACGGAGAGGUCAAAUACGGCAUCAUGCAUAGAGACGGAGUGUCGUCUGGGUUUGACAUUGAUCCUGACACUGGUGUGAUCACCACAACGGUGAGUUUUGACCGGGAGCAUCAGAGGGAGUUCACGCUGUCAGUGACGGCCACCGAUCAGGCCGAGGAGCCUCUCAUCGGAAUCUGUCAGAUCACAGUGCUGAUCUCAGAUCAGAACGACAAUGACCCCAAGUUUGAAAACAGCCGCUACCAGUAUUUCCUGAGGGAGGACACUCCAGUUGGAACUAGUUUCCUGAGAGCGGCGGCGCAUGAUGAUGACCAGGGAAGCAACGCAGCAAUCACCUAUUCACUGUCCAAUCAGAAGCCAGCAUACCUGCACAUCAACCCCAGCACUGGUUGGAUUUAUGUCAACCACCCCAUCUCACAGACAUCCAGGAUCAGUCAGCAGAUUGUGGCGUCAGAUGGAGGGAACCGUAGCAGCUCCGUGGAACUGACCGUCAUCAUCACCAACGUCCACAACCAGCCGCCACACUGGGAGCAGCCAGAGUACUGGGUCACGGUGCCGGAAAACACUGUCCGAGACGCCAAGAUAGUGACCGUCAAGGCAACGUCUCCACUCGGUGACCCCAGAGUGACCUACAACCUGGAGGAGGGUCAGGUGCCAGAAACCAACAUGCCGGUGCGCUUCUACAUCAAACCAAACCGGGCGGACGGCUCAGCAUCCAUCCUGGUGGCGGAGAACCUCGACUACGAGACAACUCGUUUCUUCACGCUCAGAGUGCGAGUGCAGAAUGUCGCUGCCGUGCCGCUCGCCUCCUUCACCACCGUUUACGUCAACGUGACGGACGUGAACGACAACGUCCCUUUCUUCCUGUCGUCCACCUACGAAGCGACGGUUCCUGAAGGAGCACAGAUCGGCACGUCGGUGGCUCAGGUGUCGGCCACAGACCUGGACUCUGGUUUACACGGAAUGAUCCACUAUGUGAUCCUGAAGGAUGAAAGUGGGGAUUCUCAGUUCUUCAGCAUCAACUCACGCAGCGGCGUCAUCAUCACCCAAGCCUCGUUUGACCGCGAGCAGAAAGCUUCUUACCUGAUCGAGGUGCAGUCGCAGGACGGCUCAGAGUCGGCUCGACCCGGCCAGCAAGGCCAACCAAACACAGACACAGCUUAUGUCAGGAUCUUUGUCACCGAUGUCAACGACAACGCCCCAGCCUUCGCCCAGCCGGUGUAUGAGGUGAGCGUGGAGGAAGACAAGGAGGUCGGCUUCGUUCUCAUCACCGUCACAGCCAACGAUGAGGAUGAAGGCGCCAACGCCAAACUGCGCUACCAGAUCACCUCAGGAAACACAAUGGGCACCUUUGACGUGGAGCCCGAGGUGGGCACCAUCUUUGUGGCUCAGCCGCUGGACUAUGAGAUGGAGCAGCGCUACGAGCUCCGGCUGGUCGCCUCUGAUGGAAAGUGGGAGAACGAGACGCUGGUGGUGGUUCACGUGGUCAACCGCAACGACGAGGCGCCUGUUUUCAGCCAGACAGAGUAUCAUGCAUCAGUGACGGAGGAGCUCACACAGCUUCCUGUGUUCAUCCUGGAGGUGUCGGCAACAGAUCCAGAUCAGGAAGCUGACCAAACUGCUCUCCGUUACUCCCUCCAUGGUCAAGGUGCUGGUGGCGAGUUCACCAUUGACGAGCGCACUGGGAGAAUCUACGCUCAACGCCGCCUGGACCGCGAGGAGCGCCCUGCCUGGAGAUUCCUCGUACUCGCCACAGACGAGGGAGGGGCAGGUCUCACAGGAUUUGCUGAUGUGCUGUUAGAAGUCCGAGACAUUAACGACAACGCUCCCUUCUUCCCGUGCCCGGCUCUGGAAGUAGACGGAUGUUUUGUCGGCCAAGUGCCUGAAAAUUCACCUGCCGACACCUCAGUCAUGGAGAUGCGUGCCAUGGACCUGGAUGACCCCAAUGAGGGGAAGAACGCCAUGCUCACCUACAGCAUCAUCAGGAACAUUCGCAACGAGAUCAACCUCAACCUGUUCUCCAUCAAUGCCACAACAGGGACCAUCUAUACAGUUCUACGUUCCCUGGACCGGGAGGUGGAGGACCGGUAUCUGGUGGUGGUGGAGGCCCGAGAUGGUGGGGGUUUGGCCGGGACAGGAACAGCUACCAUUAUGGUUUCAGAUGUCAAUGAUCAUCCACCUGUCUUCACUCAGAGGGUCUACACCACUCAGGUGACAGAGGACCUUGAAGUCAAUAGUGAGGUUCUUGUAGUUUCUGCCACAGACGGAGACGAGGGUGAGAACGCUGUGGUAACCUUCAGCAUCGUCGGUGGUGACGAGGACAGGAAGUUCUUCAUAGAGACGGACAAAGUGAAUCGACGUGGCGUGGUAAAACUUAAGAAGAAGGUCGACUUCGAGAAGCCUCAUGAGAGGACUUUCAAUCUGACCCUGAAGGCUGAAGAUGCUGAUUUUUUCAGCUUGGCCUACUGUCUCGUUCAGGUGGAAGACUCCAAUGAUCACGCUCCCGUAUUCUUCCCACAGUUCUAUGAGUCACCAGCCUUGUCUGAAGAUGUACCUGUGGGGACAAUUGUUGCUCAGGUUACAGCUUCUGAUCUGGACUCGGGCCAGAAUGGACGCUUUUCUUACAGUAUUUCCAAAGAGUCAGACCCCUACAGUCAGUUCCUAGUGGACCAGUCUGGCUGGGUGGUGGUGGCUGAUUCUCUGGACAGGGAGAAAAUCUCGCAGCACAGAAUCAUGGUCCUCGCAACAGAUGCUGGUAGUCCACCCCUUACUGGAACCUCCAUCGUCAUGGUGACUGUACUUGAUGUUAACGACAACGGCCCAGAGUUUGAGGUCCCCUAUAAGCCUGUUGUUUGGGAGAACAAAGCAGCACCAGAGGUGGUGCGAAUGAAUGAAACCUCCCUGCUCCUUCAUGCCACUGACCGCGACACCUCCACCAAUGGUGGCCCGUUCUCCAUACGGCUGCUUAUGCUCACCUCGGACGCCACCAACUUCAAUCUGACUGACUUCCGGAAUGGCAGUGCAGCCAUCACCGCCCUUCGCACUUUCGAUCGGGAACGCCAAAAGGAAUACUGCCUUCCAAUUCUCAUGAUUGAUAGCGGCUCUCCCCCAAUGAGCUCCACCAACACAUUAACAGUUGUCAUCGGCGACAGGAAUGACCACCCACACUCACCUGGACACACCAACUUUAUUGUCUACAGUUAUGAAGGCAUUCUCCCGACAACAGUGCUUGGACAAGUUCAAUCCCCCGACCUUGAUGACUGGAGUGAGAAAGUGUACCGGUUUGAAGGCAAAACUACCAGGUUGUUCAGUCUGAACCAGAGCUCAGGUCAGCUCAGUAUCAGGGAGGGAGCUCCUCCUGGCUCGUACCGCCUGAGGGUGCGCGUGUCCGAUCACAGUUGGCCAGACGUCACCUCCACCGCCCAGGUGGAUGUCACAGAGCUGCGGCAGGAAGCCUUGCAGCACGCUGCCUCCAUCCGCCUGACCAACUUGACAGUGGAGGAGUUUUUCAGCAGCAUGAGUGGAGGUGAGGAGAGUCGGUUCUAUCGUCUGGGCCGGAUGUUGGCUGAACUCCUUCAGACUUUGCCAGAAAAUGUCCAGAUCUUCUCUGUGGGUGAUGCUGGCCAGCCGGGUGAGAAGGCGCUCAAUGUUUGGUUCGCCGCCCAAGGCUCACCGUACUACAGGGCUGAGAAACUGCAUGGUUAUGUGGCAGCAAAUAAAGCCAAGCUGGAGGCCACGUUGGGUGUGUCCGUCUCCCAAGUGGGUGUGGAUGACUGUCCCUACACAGACUGCAGUCAGUCCGGAGGCUGCAGCAACGAGGUUUCAUUCAGCCAGGCGCCGGUGGCUCUCAGCUCUGGUAACAUCUCUCUAGUGUCGCUGUCGGCUUCCUCCGUUGCUCGAUGUGGCUGCAAGGGCAGAGAGGCGAUUCACCUGCCCUGCUCCUCCUACCCCGUCAACCCCUGCCUCAAUGGGGGCACCUGCCAGGACGGGCCGCUGGGCUACCGAUGUCAGUGUCCUCCUAUGUUCGAUGGUCCCGAGUGCCAGCAGACCAAACUCAGCUUUGGCGGACAGGGCUAUGCAUGGUUCCCUCCCAUCAUGCCUUGCUUCCAGAGCCACAUCUCCCUGGAGUUCUUGGCUGAGUCGUCCAAUGGGCUGCUCCUCUACAACGGACCGCUCGGUCCCGUCCAGUCUGGGGAGCAGGAGGACUUCAUCGCAAUAGAGUUGAGAAACGGGGUUCCAGCUCUGAGUAUAAACCAUGGAUCAGGAACACUGACCCUGCAGCUCCCACCCAAAUCCACCGUCACUGACCGGCGUUGGCAUCGCAUUGACAUCAUCAGUGAUGGAAAGGCCAUUCAGCUGAUCCUGGACCAGUGUGGAGGAGUGGCAGUGAAUGAGUUGGAGGGUGUCGGAGGAGAGGUUCAGGAUAUAGACCAGUCCGGCUGCAGAGCUGCAGGAGAGACACCUGGGAACCAGCGGUAUCUGAAUGUUUUCCAGCCUCUUCAGUUGGGAGGUGUGAAAGACGUGUCUCCUCUCCGCCGUUACCGCGGUUUCACCGGCUGCAUCCGCAACCUGGUGGUCGACAGUCAGGUGUACGAUCUGGCGUCUCCAGGUGAGAGUGUAGACAGCACCCCAGGGUGCAGGCUCACAGACGGGGUGUGUGUGACGGCAGCCGGUCCCUCUUGUGGUCUUCACGCCUCCUGCCUCGCCGACUGGGGCUCCUUCAGCUGCGAGUGUCACGCAGGAUACACUGGACACAAGUGUGACAGGGCCGUCCCAGAGUUCUCCUUCGACUCGGGCAGCGUGGUGCGUUUUCAGCUCAGAGGAGGCGGCAGCUCUCGACGCACCAACAUCCAGCUGCUCCUUCGAACCAGAGCCACCUCGGGCACUUUGCUCUCUGUGGCAUCGCGGGAGGCGAGCGAGUACAUCAUCCUGGAGAUCGUAGAGGGUCACAUCUCAGUGAGUGCCAACCUGGGUGAUGCUGCCCACGCUCUGCGGCUGCCUGGCCAGCGGGUAGACAUCGGGCAGUGGGUCCUGGUUAGCCUCAGUCGCCAUGACAACAUGUUCACCCUGAGGCUAGAGCAGGGCGGAGGCUCACGGGAGGUCCAGGCCCAGCUGGGGAGCCGCAGGGAGAUCAUGGUUCACCCGUCCAGCCUGAUGGUUGGCAACGGACUAAGCGCCGGAGACAAGGCUGAUUUUCAAGGUUGUCUGCGGGACCUCCGUUUUAACGGUCAGGUCCUUCCUCUGGACGGGCAGAGCCGGGACCUGGUGACAGUCCUGGAGAGGCGAGGCGUCACCUCAGGGUGCUCCAGCGACGCCUGCAGCAGCCAACCCUGCCGCAGCCCACUGCGCUGUGUCGACCUGUGGAGGAAACACCAGUGCAAGUGUCCCGGCGGUCAGGUGACGGUGACGGACGAUUCGGGUCGGCAGCGUUGUGUGCCGUCACCCUGCGGACCUUCUUCCUGCCGUAACGGCGGCGUCUGCCAGGCACUUUCACCCGACAGCUACCGGUGCCGGUGUCAGGAGGGUUUCAGGGGUCAGCGCUGCGAGCUGGGGCAGCUCAAAGGUCACCGGCUGGCUGCCCUCAGCCCCAGCUCCAUCCUGGCCAUCAGCAUGUGUCUGCUCGUCUUCUUCGCGGUGCUGGUGGCGGUGACGGUGUGGAACCAGAAAGGCAGCCGAAACAAGUUCAGGAAGCGAGGAGUUUACCACAUCCCAGCUGAGCACGAGAGCUGGGAGGACAUCCGUGAAAACAUCCUCAACUACAACGAAGAGGGAGGGGGAGAGCAGGACCAGAAUGGUUAUGAUAUCACAGAGCUGAAGCGUCCUCUCUGCUCCAGUUUGUCUCAGUCGUCCUCCUGCACCACCGCUCCGCUCAUCAAAUCCUCCCCAGGCUCCCAGGAGGAGGUUCAUCCGUCCGGUUCCUCCUGCAGCUCCGGCGCUCCCUAUCUCAGCAUCCCACAUCACCAUCACCACCAGCACCAGCACCAGCACUUCCCCAAUGCCAACUACAACAGCGACGCAACCUACGCCAACUACUCCGCUCACGUGGGCAGAGACGUGGACGCCAGCAGCUACGUUGACCCCCCGUCUGGGUCGCGCUCCCACGUGGACUUUAAAAGCUAUGUGGCACGAAUCAUUUGGGAGGCGGACAACGACAGCGAGGCUUUGCCGCCAGAUGCCUACCACGUCUGGUGUGUGGAAGGCUCGGGGUCUUCAGCAGGAAGCCUCAGCUCGCUGGGGUCGGCUGCGUCCCGUAGAAACAUCGCCACCGGCCCUGGCGACAAAGAGGAGGAGGAGGAGGAAGACGACGAUGAAGGGGGGUUUGUUUGUGACAGGCUGUCCCGGUGGGGCCCAAAGUUCCAGGCUCUGAGCGAGAUGUACGACCGGCCACAGCUGGCCCUCUCAUACAGGGACGCGAUGGCCUACAUACAGAGGAGCCACAGCCAUGAACCCCUGCCUCAUCACCACUAGGGGGCGCUACACAGCCCCAACCACACACAUGUACAGUGUUUAUACGAAGGGGAAAGGGACUGAGUGCUGCGCUCACGUCAAAUGUAAAAACAGAAACAGCAAAAUAGAUAUGUUGGGUAUCAGUCUUUAAUGAUAAGAUCACUCCUAUUAAGUAUGAUAUUAAAUAUUAGUUUUAAUGAUUGCAGUGAUACAGCAGUGAACUCUGUUCUACUGUUAGACAUAUAAAUUUGAAUUUAUUUAUUUGUCCUCAACAAGUUAAUUAAAAAUCUGUCCUAAAUUGUGAAAGUUGGAUCUUUUAAAAUUCCUUUAGUGUGAACAUUCAUGGAUUUACAGACUUGUUUGCUGUAAAUCAUCACAGAUUGUAGAUUCCUAAAAGUCAAAUUUUGGCUUAAAAAAAUAUAUUAAGUGAUAAAAGAAGCAAGAGAGGCAAAGUUUGGUUUCUCAUUUGAUCAAUUCUUCAAAGCAUUUCUUCAAGGAAAUUUUAGAUGUUAACAUGCAAAAAUGCAAAAUGUUGCCAGUGGUUUAGUCAAAAAGAAGAUUAUCUUCAAAGACUAUUCCAUUCUAGUGUUUUGAAUGUUAUACAAAAUUUGGUGCAACAAAGCUAAAUCAGAAUAUGUCAGAAAUGUGUAAAUCCAAGUCCACGUACAGCUUUCAAAAUGGAUCCAGUCAGUUUCAGCAAGUGAAAACUUUUGUGUAGGCGCAAACAGGACCUUGAAAUCUGAUUGGUUGCUCCGGAUAUCAACUCAGAAUCCUCAGUUAUGAUUGGCUACUGGCCUUUUAAAAGCUGGACCAGCUGAACAGUCUGUAAACCUGUGAUCACUCAGUUAUGAGGAGCAACCGGGAAACCACAGCAGAGAAAUGCUAAUGUGAGUAAAACCAAGCCAAACUGCUGAACCUCACAGAUGUUCAUGUCAUUAAUUUCAACUCUGACUCCAGGUUUAGUUUAAUAUGUAGAAUAAUGACCUAUAUUCAGGUGAAAGGCUCAUUGGCAGUGUUUUCAUUUGUUCUCAGUGACCUUUUAGAGUUCUCCUUUGUUGCAUAUUAAUUAAUUUCAAAAGCUUUUCAUCCAUUUUGAAUGUAAGUUAGUUAGUUUACUAUUGGACGUUUUUGGUUUUGCUGUUGUAAAAUCACCAAUACAGAAGGACGACAUAGCUUCCAUUCACUAUAGUAAUUCUCAGUAUCCUUGUAUCACUGUAUGCAGCUUUUUUGAUGCUAAAUAACGAAUUCAGAACAGACUCAAACCAAAAAUCAUUUUGUCUUACACCUUCAGUAAAUCAGAUGUGACGUGAACACAGCAGCUCUGCUCCCUUGUGUAGGUCAAUGGCAGCAGAGACGCUUUCAGGGCCAGAGGUUCAUCAUGUGAUCCUCAUGUUUCUUCGUGCAGAAAACAAGAUACAGGAUGGAGACAUUAGAGGUCUGAGCUGUGGUUCAGAAGCUUAAAGUAAAAAAAAAAAAAAAAAAGCACAGAGAAAACUGGUUCAUUUACCAGCUUCACAGGAGUAUGUCACAUGACUUUAUUUUUUCGCUUUUAUUUCUUUCUUUAAAGCUGUUCAGUGUGCUGUAUUUAUUUGUGGGUAGUUUGUGGGUCGCUGAAUUUUGUUCUUGGAAAAUGGGUACUUUCAGGGUCAAAAGUUUUUAUUUUCUGGAGGAAGAUUGCCAUCAAAUUAUGUCAGAAAUGUUCGGGGAGAGGCGCGGUGUGUGUGCUAAAGAAUUAUUGUGGUUCAUGUAAAAACACCAACGACAUUAAGGCCUUGAUGUUGAAGUCUUACAAAGGGAACUCAAAAUUCUUCUUUAAGGGCAUUUUAAUGUAGCAUUUCAAUCCUUUUAUCUCCGCCCCAACAAUUUAACUCUGGCCCUACCACGCAACCCAAGAUCUGCAAACAACAAACUCAAUCUCACAAAGAAAUGUUCCCAAGGACAAACUUUUUUCUUUUUUUUCUUCUCGAACCGUCUCUCUUUUAUUUUGUAAAGAAACAUCUAUUGGCCUCCCUGCUUUCUGUAGUUCCACACAUUAUCCAGAUCUCUGAAAAGAUCAAGCUUGUAAUUUCUCUUUUCUACCUUCUUGUUGCACUACCGGAUGAUUCAAAGUCCACAGAUGGGACCGAGGAUCCAUCUGACCGUAGAAAGACUUAAAAAAAAAGUUGACAAAUUGAAGCCUUGUUGGCUGACCAGGUGAAACACUUUUUUACCCCGCAGUGUUUCCACCAUAUAAAAUCAGCUUUGCUGGUAUCCUUUCAGAUGAGAAAAUUAUUUUUGUACUCCCUGGUAGAAAGAUCCCAGAAGCUCUUUUGAACUUGCAGUUGGUUGUGCACUGUGUUUUAGAGCUGGGUGGCGUAUUGCUUUUUUUUUUUUUUUUGAAGAGUUGGUCAGAGGAACCACCUGUAGUGGUAAGAUUAAGUUGUGUCUGUGUUUGGAAAGAGAUAUGGCAGCAAGAGAGACAGAAUCUUAAUGACAUUCAUGUAUUCACAUGGCUUGGAAGGUAGUGUAAUGUUAGACCUGUUCAUCCAGCCAUCUUUUACUAUUACAGGUUAGUAAGGGUCAAAUUUGUACCAAACUUAAAUAACCCCUUUCUGCUGUUUUGCUCCCCAUUUUGACCGGAUUUUAAAUCUAUUUAUUGCUUAAUAGCUCUGUGUUGUAGGAUCACAGAACUAUAGUUAGUGACUUAAUAUGAAGAAUACACUAGUAUCACUGAAUGCAAAAUCAUCACUUUAUCACAUAGUAAAUAUACUUUUUUUAAAUAUGAAAAAUGUUGUUAUGCAAUAAAUCUCCCAAAAUAUAAAUUGUUGUACUUUUUACUUUUACUGACCCACACUUUUGUUGCACAUGAGGCUAUUUUAGUUCUGCUAUUUUGCUUACAUAAAUAAAUAGAUAAGAGUAGCACAUAUACCCUCCUCAUUUUAUGUAUUUGUAGCUUAUAAAUUGAUUGUUUUACACACAGCAUCCAAACACCAGGGAGCGCUGCAGAGAGGGGUUAUUGACAAAACUUUCAGAAAAAGUAAAAAGUAAAUGUGUCUUAAUCAUCUACUUGUCCAGAUUUGAGUGCACAAGUUCAAAAUAACUGCAGAGCAAAGUUUGAGUAUAGAAAGUACAGUGAUCACACAAGCUGCUUUUCCACAAUAUUCAGAAUAAAAUCAAGUCAUUUUACACUAUGUAAGUCCGUGAAGCUUAAAGCAGCUGAUGAAAUUUUAUGGCACAUUGAGCUGCAUGAACUGUGGGCUCAGCUGUGGGCACUUAUUAAGAGGUCACUGUUUGGAACUUUAGUGCAAAUGUGUCCCACGGUUAGUGUGUGUAGACAUGCAGUGUAGUAGAUGCAGUGUACUUUCUCACAGUUAGCAGAACAUUGUUCAAAGACAUCAGUAAAAAUUUGCUACAAAACAAAGUCAUAUUGCAGUUUUUUUCCAUUGUCUUAAAACAUUAGUGAGGUUCCAGUGUUGUUCUUGUAUAUUGACCCUGACAAGAGUUGCUAUAAAUCAGUUUCUUGGGUCAAAACAUAUACCAAAGUUUGUCUAAAGUUCUUGAAUUUGAAAACACAUGAGCUUGAGCUUAGUUCAUGAGCUUCGUUCAGAUAAACUGUGGAAUGUAUGUUUGCAUAGAAUCAGGGCUCUGGAUUGUGUUCCCCAUUAUUUCCAGUUCAGCAUGAACAGGAUGAAAAAUGACAACAAGCAAAUCCUGUUUCAGUAUGACUUUUUUGUAUUAAAAUUAUGUAGCUGACUUUUUUUUAUUAUUAUUAUUUUUUGAGAAAUUCAAGUUUUAAAAAUUCACAUGCUCAAAUUGAAUGGGGUCAAUUCAUAUCCAAACUUUAAGUGAAAACUUCAAAUUACACCACAUCCACCCCUGAGAUUACAGGAAGAUGGCCCACUGGUAGUUAACAACCACACUCUACUGAGUUUAUUAGGUCUUUUAUUUGCUUUUUGUAUUUUGUUGUUUAAAAUUAAUUAACUGAUAAUACCAUAGUAAACCUUGCUUAAAAUUCUGUGGAAAUUAUAUGAUCACAUUGAAAAAAAGCAAUCUAAACAAGAUCAGUAUUUAAUCACAAUUUCUUUUACCAGAUUCUAGCUUCUGAACUUGAUUUAUUCAGUCUGAAAUAUUGAAAACACAUUUUUGAAAUUUUAAAAUCUUUAAUUUUUGAUUCUGUGUUUUAAAACAUUUACAAAAUUUUGAAAGGUUUGAAAUGAGAAAUAAAAAAUUCGGACACAUAAUUGCAGCGCAAAAAAAUGGCUUAACUAUUUACUUUCAUGUUUCAUGCUCACUUUAGAAAUGUGUUUUUUAAAGUGACAUUUGAUGUCACCAUCACUACAUCAACACAGUUUGCAUGUAACUGAUACAAACUCGAGCCAACUAGAUAUAAUCAGUAUGAGGGACAUGGACCAAAGUUUUUCUGUUCUCACAAACCUGCUCUGCGCACUCUCAAAUCCCAACUUGAAGAUUGAUUACCUCAUAAAUUUAUUUUGUCAUCACUUAAUAGUCUCUUCAUUACUCUGCUUCAAUAAAUUCAGUCGUUUGUUUAUGCCACAAGUCAUUGGUAUCGCCUGCAUUAAAGAAUUUAUGAUUUGCAGGAACUUCCUCUCUAAAGGUGAAAUGAGGACCAAAAAUUGGUUAGACGUCUGUUGUGGGAUCAGUUGGACACCAGCUUUUCCUUCUACCACUCUUCACACAGCCAAAUGUUUCUUUGAUUUAAUUUUUUAUUAAAGAAAGGAGAAACAGCAGUUAGUUCAGUGGUGGCUGCAGACUUUAACCAGCAUCGUGUCUGAUGGUUGUUUCCCAGCCUAUACCUCUCAGCUACGUAUGUUGUCAUUUACACCGCCUGUUGAAUGUAGUUUUCUAAGGAGAGAGUGAGGAGGAGGAGGAGGAGGAGGAGGAGGAGGAGGCCGAUGGAGGGAGUCUGAGCAAGCAAAGAGUACAAUCAUAGAAAAAUUUAUUUAUUUCAAGCUCCAACUUGAUGAAAAACAUUUCAUUCAUACAUGCGUAAGUCAAUCUUCAGCCAACAAAGUGGCAACACAAAUGAUCCAGAUGUUUUGAAGGUUUUCGAGGCAUGAUUCUCUCCAAGUAUUUUUCAUUUUUCAAAAAGUCAGAAUAUUUGCAGCUAAUACUCUGAGAUUUUACAUUGGUAGCAGAUUGUAAGAUAUUUUACUGUCAGAUAGUGGUACACUUUUUAUUUCUCCGGGAAAAAAGAAGAGAAGAAGAGAGCCCUGAUAGAAUUGUACUCAAAGCUAUGCAUCCAAAUGAAAUAACACAGGUGUCUUUUCUCUAAACUGAUGUGAAGCUCCAGAUGUUGUCUGAGUUUUGACCUGUGCUGUGUGCGACAUCUGUUGAUGUUUGUUGUAAAUCCGGUGUUUUUAAGACGGUGAAAUACGCGUGUGAACUUGUUGUUGAAUUCACAUGCAUUUAUUAGACUGAUAGUUUGAAGUGUCAUUCAGCGCUGAGCCGUGCUGAUCUGUAUAAUAAAAUGUACAUAUGGACGUUUUAUAGCAGCCUAACAUGGAAUAUUCCUUUUGUAUAUGACUUUUAAUAAAAAGGCUUUUCCCCAGAAA